CUUGUAACAGCCCCUUAUUGUCAAACAGAGGGGUUUAUCGGUGUUCGAUGGAGCAAAAGAAAAAAAUAAAAUAUUAAUUGACAAAAGAAGGUGCAUUCAUUUGACUAAAUAUUCCACCAAAAUGCCUGAAGAAUCCAAGGAAAGUAAAGCGAAAAAGUUGGCUGCUGCUCGCAAAAAGUUGAAAGAGUAUCAACAACGUGGCAGCAGCAGUCAGGCCGAUGCGACGAACCCCAAUAUCGAUUCAAGCAGUAACAGCGGCCAAGUAAGCAGUAAUAUUUCGGAAAGAUCUGUGUCAGAUCUUCAUUUAAAUGACAGCAAUAUGGAAAUUAGUCAAACUAUUAGUCCCCAAGUUGAGGCAAGAAUAAGCACUCCUGCCCAUUAUUUCACAGAACCUGCAACGCCCCAACAGGAAACACUGAUUUCUAGUGUGUCUCCUUCCUUUCCCCUGCCCAGCAGCAGCCAGAUUGAUGACAGCAUUCACAGCGAUGGUAACCAAAAUAUAAAUGCCAUACAAAUCCUUAUUACGGAAAAGUCCCAGUUAACAUCGGAAUUAAACAAAUUUCGGACGGCUUGUCGAGAAAAAGAUUUGGAAUUGGAAGAACUAAGGGUGCAGUAUUCCAACGUUUCUAGGCGUGUCGAAGAUUUGCAACAACAUCUAAAGGACCAACAAAAACAAGCAGAGCAACAGCGAACGCAUAAUGCGGAGUUGCAGCACAAAUUGGCUCAAGCUAGAGCCUUAAACGAGGACCAGUCUUCACAUCUGCUCGAGCUGCAACAACAAAUGCAACUGCGAGAGGAACGUUUAAAACUUUUAGACAAUGAUUUCAAAGAGAAGAGCAACGAAUUGGAGUUGGCCCAGUUGAAAAUUCGUCAACUUUCGGACGAGAGCAAUAUAACCAAAGAUAAUCGAGUGGAAACGUUGACACAAACACAAUUCAUGUACGAACAACAAAUACGCGAUCUACAGGCUAUGGUUCAGCAGCAGCAACAGGACAAAGAACAGGCGAAUACUCAGUAUCAAACCUAUGUACAACAGCUGAACGCACAAGUGAAUCAACUGAACGAACGAAACAACGAACUAAUGGAGGAAUCUGCGAAAUUGCUCGAAAGAGAAAAACAAAUGGUGGAUCACGUACAACAAUUGGAAAAGGAGAUACAGAAAAACAUUACCAGGCAAGCGGAAAUUAAGGAAGAGAAGCAGACGGAUACUUCCUCUACGGCGGCAAUGACGAUGCAACAAGUUCAAGAACUACAAGACCGCGUUCAGGAAUUCGAAACGGAGCGUUACGAGUUUCAACUGAAAAUUAAAUCGCAAGAGGAUCGCUUACACACCUUGCAAAACGAGUACCAUCAGAAGCAAUUGGAAGUCGAAGAGUUGCGCGAGCAUCUCGAAAAUAUAACAUCCGAGCAACCGGAUAAGACAAAACUCCUGGCAACAAUGGAAUCCGAUAAGGUAGCUGCUUCCAGGGCAAUGUCGCAAAAUGUGGAACUUAAAAAACAACUGGAUGAACUAGAAAUGCGAUUUGUUCAACUUACAAAUGACAAAGCGGAUUUAAUUAAUCGUCUGGAUGCCGAGCAGUACUCGAAUCGUGAGAUGCGCAAUAACUAUGGCGUUAUGGAAAAGCGACAGCAGGAAAUGGAGGAACGCUUUAAAUUUAAAGAUGAAGAAAUGAUUAGGCUUUCUCACGAAAACGAAGAACUAAAAAAGAAACUAUCAAGACCGCAAAGGACUCCCAAUGGAGAGCAGGGAAGUAAUCACGGUCAUAACGAAGGAGACUAUGCUCAUGAUCAGGAAGAUGGACACCACCAUCAUCAACAUCACGGAAAUGAAAGUCACCAUCAACAUGAUGAUCACCGUCAUGAAAAUAACGAUCAUCACAGUGAACACCAUCAUGGCGAAACUGAAAGUGAGCACCACCACCACGAAAACGAUGGAGACCAUCGUUGCCACGAGCAUGGGCAUGAUCAUCACCACGACAAUGAAAUUCAACAUCAGCACUCUCAUCACGAUGGUUGCUCUGUCAAUGUUGAUGCUUGCCAAGAAGCCACAGAGCUCGUCAGCAGAAAUGUGCCUUCUCAAUCACCGCAACAUAUCGCAACAGAAGAAGCUGUUGAAAAACUGCAAAAACGUUUCACACAGCUAAUGAGCCAGGUGGCCGACCUAACCGAGGAGAAGCAACGCUUAGAACAUUUGGUUAUGCAGUUACAAUCGGAAACCGAAACUAUUGGCGAAUAUAUAGCUCUUUAUCAAACACAGAGGCGGAUAUUGAAACAACGUGAAUACGAAAAAGCAGCACAAACUGCCCUACUACAGGAGGAGAGGGAACAAAUGCGAAAUCGCCUAACAAUGCUGAAUAAUCUUGUUAACAGCUUGGGAAUGGAGAUACCAUUAACACAGCAGCAACAUCAACUUCAACAGCAGUUAAAUGAUGCCCUGGCCCAAAGUAAUUCCCACAACGAGGACGAAGAGGUUGGGCACAAACCACUAGAUUCAUUGCUGGAGGACAACAGUGAAGAUAAUGCGAUGACAACUUCCACAAGUCGGCAAAACACAAAAGAUCUAAGCUCGUUGGAAUCACAACAGAUUUUACAUAAGAUUCAAAAUAUAAUAACCGAAAUAAAAGAAAACACCAAGGAGCUGCCCACAGUUCAUCAUUCGGUGGAUCACCUAAAUUGCUGUUCGGGAAAAUUUGAAGUAGUCUAAACACAAAAACAAAAGCAGUGAACCGAUAUGAUCGUCACCUUGCAAAGUCUCCUCUAAAGUCUCCUUAUAACCUGUAAAUAUUUAUAUUUAGCUUUUAUAGCAAACUAUGCUUCUUGUUUCAAAAGAAAAAACUCCCUGUAUGUAUUUAUGUAUGUGUAUGUUUAUUUUUUAAAAAUAUAUAAUAAUCAUUGGCUUAACAAUCGCAA